UCGUACCGUCAUUUUUUUACUGUACAACGUUAUUUACGAACCCCAACAAACAUUCUCUUGCUGGUGCAGUUCUCCAAUUCAAGCUCGAAUUCUUUCUAGGCACAAUCUUCCCCGCCAAAUACAGCUCUGUGGCUAGGAAGGCGCACUGGUGCGUUGAAAACGCACCAAUGGAUCAUUACGACUCUGGCGGAAAAUAAAAGUCAAGCGAUUGAUUGUAAUUGAAGAUCAAAAUGGUAGCGCUAAACCAAAGAACGGGUCGGGACUCGCACAACAUGCCUCCGUGGCUUGCUACUUUUUUAUUCGCUGUGACACUUGGACUCUUUGAGCUCUUUCGGAACCUGCAUCAAAUGGAGUAUAUUUCAUUCCAYGGAGAGGAUGGAAUGUCAACUCURUUGGAUCAACCAUUGGUCACGUCGAACAGAAACAAUACAGCGAAAACUACGAUUGCUUAUGCAGUUUCCAUCACGCACUUCGAAGUCGAUCAAAACAAAAAUGAGCCCCAUAAUGUCUUUGAUAGAGCCGCGGUCUUGCACCAAUCUAUCAAAGUGGCGAUGAUGAAAUCGCCGCGGUAUGACUAUCACAUAUAUGCUUUCGUCCACCCCGAUGCGGUAGGUGCCAAACCAUUGCUGCAACGACUAGGCUACCGGGUUCAGAUUCGAGACACACCCUUUAAUAUUUCAAAAGUAUCAAACCCAGAGUUGGUUGAGGCACAAGGAAACGGAUGCUGCAGUGAAAGAGAGUAUCUCAAACUAUACUCCUACUUGCUUUCGGAUUAUCCUGUUGCCGUCCAUAUGGAUUUGGACACGAUCGUUUUGCGAUCUAUGGAUGACGUCUUUGAUAUGAUGAUGUUGAAGACUGGCGAAGGGCCGUCUASCAGUCAGCAAUCGGAAUUGUUCUCACGGAAAUCGACCAUGUGGACAAGCAACCCACAGAACAACAUCAAAUCCACGCAUUCGUCAAAGCGUGUUCUUGAAAAUCCAGAAAACAUCAAUUUCAUGUUUACCAGAGAUUAUAACAUGGUCGAUCCAAGUGAUCCACCCUAUAAACAGCCAUAUCAGAUUGGURUUCAGGGAGGAUUCCUUGUGAUAAGACCCAACCAACGCGACUUCGAUCGAAUGAUAGAGAUAAUCCUUUCGGGCGGAGAGGAAUACACCAUCGGAGAUGGAUGGGGAGGUUCGAAACUCGGUUAUGGAGGUUAUUAUGGAGCAGCAACGAUCCAGGGACUGGCUAGUUUUUACUAUGAUUAUCACGAAAAAGCGCAACGAUCCAUCGAAUUGAACAAAUGCAGGUAUAACACCAUGGUGGACAACCCUUAUUUUUUCGAUAAGGGUAGCAACAAGACAUUGUGUAGGACCCUCGAAAGCGAGUGCGAGGAUUGCCGUAAAACCAAGCUAGAAGAUGUAUACUCUGCUCAUUUUACCGUGUGUGGUAAACCAGAGUGGUGCGAUACAUUGRACCCAGAUAAGGACAGAUUGUGUUCACAAUUGAUGAAAAAGUGGCACCAAACGCGGCUCUCGUUGGAAUUGGAGUGGAUGAAUCGAUUCUCGUCAUCAAAAAAUGGCAACGACAAAGCAAACUUGAUGUAUGUGCCACRAUUAAACGGUGUAGAUCCAAGUGAGUCGAGGGRAAAACUUCUGGAAAGUAAUAAACUGGGCCACUGUGAUGGUGAGAAUUACAUCCCACUCCAGUAUCCCGCGAUGGCAACGACAAGUUUACACAGUGAUGAAGCUCCUUUGAUUUGAUAGGAAGUAAAUACUACGYAUGUUUUUUGCACAGCGCGAUGUUCCCAUAUAAUGAGAACACYCCCUGAUGCAUUUAUGAAACAUCUUGAGUUUUAUCCAUAAAUCAAAUUAGGUUUGAUCUGCAGGAAUUUACAUACUACCAGUACUAUUUUAUGACAUCCAUCUAUGUAGCCCAGGAGAAAAAAUUACCAAUACAGUGAAAAUACCUUCCUGGUAUUGCUUCUGCCACAUUACACAGUUUGAGCCUCAUACUACCUACACCAAGACUACCAGCAUCAUAUCUCUGCUCUCUAUAAAUAUUCCUGUUUCUUAUCACCAGUUGACCAACGUCACUAAUAACAAACCUCUUAAGUAAUG